UAAUUAAGAAUAAUCUUUCAAAGGGUGGAUCGGUAAGCACUGUCGAUAACUUUUCUGUGAUCACAGCGAAAGUUGGGACUAACUAAAACAUUGCAGUACCUACUUAAGUCUGAGAUGGCUAGAUCUCAAGUUGGAGACAGCUUACCUGAAGUAAGAUUUGCCAUCUUUGGUCUUGGAAGGAUAGGAACCAUUCACUUAAAUAAUCUCAGAAAUAAUUCUAGAGCUAGAAUUCUUUACUGCGUAGAAGAAUCAGAGGAAGCAACAAAUUUUGUAAAAAACAAAUGGAGAUUGGGAGAAACCGGCACAUCUUUCAUAAAAUCUUCUGAGAAAAAUAAGGUAUUCCAAGAUGAAAGGGUUGAUGCUGUUUUAGUUUGUACUCCAACUUUCGCUCAUGAAGAAUUAGUAAUGAAAUCUCUAGAAUCAGGGAAAGCAGUCUUCUGCGAGAAGCCCUUAGCUUUAAGUUACGAAGGAAUCGAAAAAUGCGUAAAUGCGGCGGAAAAAUAUCAAAGACCACUGAUGUGUGCUUUUAACAGACGUUUCGAUCCUGGUUUGAGGAGUUUGAAAGAGAUAGUUGAUUCAGGAGAGAUCGGCAAAUUGCAAGUGGUGAAAACAUGCAGCAGAGACCAUCCCAAACCUCCAGUGGAAUAUUUGAAAAUAUCAGGUGGAAUCUUCCAUGACUGUGCUGUGCACGAUAUUGACUAUGUUUGCUGGAUACUCGGUGAAUAUCCAGUGAGUGUAUCCUCGUUCGCCCAAAACAGUUUUGACGACAUCAAGGCCAUAGGGGACUUCGACACUGUCUCCAUCAUGAUGAAAUUCCCUUCCGGUGCAUUGGCUGUCAUUGAUCUCUGUAGGCAUGCCGUCUACGGUUACGAUCAACGAGUAGAAGUGUUUGGAAGUAACGGAAUGUUGACGAAUGGGGAACAGAGACCUACCGAGGUGAAAGCUCACACCGCAAAAGGAACAACGUCGGUCCCCAUCUUUGGUGCCUUUCCCGCUCGAUACCGUGAAUCAUAUCAAAAUGAAAUGGAACAUUUCAUAAACGUUGUGCAAGGCAUUGAAAAGUGCGCUAUUGCUGGAAGUUCCAUUUUAGCUGUCUCUAAAAUAGCUUCAGCCUUGGAAGAGUCCGCUCGCCAGGGAAAAACUGUCACCCUCAAUUGGGAAACCAAUGUGCCAAAUGGACUUUAGGAACGACAUUAGCCACCUCAGUUAGAUUGGUUCUGACUGCUUGAGCCUGCUGUUAUUGGACACUUUUUUUUUUUCAUAUUUAUUUUUUUUGCAGCCAAUAAACCGUGAUGUUUCGAAGUU